ACUACAAACAUCACAACUUGUUGAGCACCAUCAGAACUAACAUCGCAGAUCCAUCACCAUGUUUUGCAAAUUCAUCUUCGUUGCUGUUGUGGUAGCGGUAGUAGCUGCAGGCGAAUACGAACAUCAUGACUACCAUUCGCAUCCCAGCUACAAGUUCGAGUAUGGCGUGAAGGACCCGCACACCGGCGAUCACAAAAGCCAGUGGGAACAUCGGGAUGGAGAUGUCGUCAAGGGAGCCUACACUCUGCAUGAGGCCGAUGGAACUGAGCGAGUGGUCGAGUACUCGUCCGACAAGCACAACGGAUUCCAGGCUCAUGUGAAGCGUGUGGGUCAUGCCCAUCACCCGGAAGUCUAUGGACAUCAUGAGGGAGGACACUCGUACGGCGGACACGGUCACGGACAUGCCAGCAGCUACGCCAAGCUUAAUCAGCACCAUUAA